AUGACUCAACACGAGGAAGGCCUGCUCAGUCCCGAACUGGUAAUGGCCGAAAUGAAAAAGAACGGGGUCACCCAUGUAGUGUGGCUGCCGGACAGCGAAACCAACUUCUUGUACCUGUUGAUGGAGGCAGACCCUGACUUGGACCUGAUUCCAGUCAGCCGGGAAGGGCAGGCCUUUUCCACCGCCGCCGGCCUGACCGUGGGCGGCAAGAAACCGGUAAUCCUCAUCCAGAACACGGGAAUGAUGGAGUCUGGUGACUCCCUGCGUGGUUGGGGCCUGAGCCUUAACAUUCCGGUGGUAAUGAUGGUGGGCUACCGGGGCUGGACCCGUCAUGGCGUGAACACCGACACGGCCGCUACCUACACCGAGCGGUUCCUGAACGCCUUUGGCAUCAACUACUACCUGGUGGAGAACGGUGACGACGCCCCGCGUAUCUCCGUAGCCUUCGAGGAGGCGUCACGCACCCGCCGCCCGGUGGCAGUGCUGGUGGGCGACGAGUACCACGGCUUUAAUAGAUAG